AUGAAUCCCACAGCACCGCCACCACAACCACCGCAACCGCCACUGCAGCCACACAGACCCUCUACAUCCUGCGACAGCCACCCAGAAGAGAAUUUCACGGGCUUCUGUCCCUUAUGCCUCUGCGAACGCCUCACAUUGCUCAAACCCUCUUCUUCACCCUCCCCUUCCUCAGCCCGAAAGCCCCCCACUUCCUCCUCCGCCGCCACCGCCGCGCUUAAAGCCGUCUUCCGGCCACCCUCUUCUUCAUUCUUCCCGGAGCUUCGCCGAACCAAGUCUUUUUCAGCUUCAAAGAACAACGAGGGCUUCUCCGGAACCUUCGAGCCACAAAGAAAAUCUUGUGACGUUAGAAGCACCCUCUGGAACCUCUUCAACCAAGACCACAACGAGAAGAAGACACUUAACAAAGAAACUUCACGGGUCGUUGAAGCUGAGGCUGAGGUUCAUGUUGAUUCCAAAAAUAUAGCAUCUUCUUCUUCUUCUUCAUCCACCACUGUUCAAGGACCUGUUGUUGAGUUGAAGGAAGAGGAGAAGGUUGAAGAGGAAGACGAUAUUAGGGUUUUGGGUGAACCCAAUGUGAAUAACGAGAUCGUUGAAGAAGAAGAAGUUGUUGUGCAAGAAGAAGAAGAAGAAUUUAAGACCAUGAAGGACCAUAUAGAUUUGGAUUCUUCACAAGCGAAGAAAGUGAGAGACUUGAAGGAGAUUGCAGGGAGUUUUUGGUCUGCAGCUUCUGUUUUCAGCAAGAAGUUGCAGAAAUGGAGACAGAAGCAAAAAUUGAAGAAGCGAAGGAGCGAGGCUUUGCCGGUGGAGAAGCCGAUCGGACGGCAAUUCAGGGAGACACAGUCGGAAGUCGCCGAUUACGGCUUUGGCCGGCGGUCGUGCGACACGGAUCCGCGAUUCUCGCUCGAUGCCGGCCGGAUGUCAUUAGAAGCCGGCCGGAUGUCGUUGGACGAUCCGAGGUACUCAUUGGACGAGCCCCGGGCUUCAUGGGACGGUUACAUGAUCGGAAAACCGGGUUUUUUGAGAAUGCCGACGAUGUUGUCGGUUGUGGAGGAUGCACCGGUGCAACAUGUUUUGAGGACUGAUACACAAAUCCCUGUUGAGAAUGAGGAUGAUUCAGUCCCUGGUGGGUCAUCACAGACCAGAGAGUAUUACAAUGAUUCAUCAUCUAGGAGAAGGAAGAGUCUUGAUAGGUCUAAUUCCCUAAGGAAAAGUAAUGUUUCUGCUGCGGAUAUGGAAGAGUUGAAGUCAAUUUCAGUUUCAAUUGCUGAUAAUGCCCAUGCCAAGGUGACUCCUGGUGGUGUUGAUUCCAUCCAUGGGGUGAAAAUGGAUUUCCAAGACCGAGAUUUGAGCUUGAAUAUUUUGAGGGAUGAUUGUUGUUCGGAGACAUUAGAUAUGGGUGGAUCUGUGAUUGGGAAUGGGGACCGGAAAGGGUCGAAGAAGUCACGCCGGUGGAGCAAGCCAUGGAGCAUUUGGGGUUUAAUUCCCCGGCGAGGUGGGAACAAGGAUGAGGAUGAGGAUAGGUAUAGUAGAGUGAAUGUGAAUGGGGUUGAACGUUCCUUCUCAGAAUCAUGGCAGGAGUUCAGAGGUGGUGAUGGAAAUGGAGAUGGUAGAGCUGGUUUCAAUGGAAGGGUGUUGUUAAGGAGCAAUAGUAGCGUGAGUUGGAGAAAUGGUCAAGGUGUUGGUGGGUCAUUUGGCACUCUGAGGAGGAAUGGUGUUCAGGGUAAUGGCAAUGGAAAGAAGGGUAAGGAUGAGUUUGUGUUGGAAAGGAACAAGAGUGCAAGGUACUCUCCUAACAAUGUUGACAAUGGUCUCUUGCGUUUCUACUUGACUCCCAUGGGAGGUAGCCGGAGAAAUGGUUCCGUGAAAAGUAGGUCUAACCAGGCUCAUUCUAUUGCAAGAACCGUGCUUGGUUUGUUUUAACAUUGAAUGUUCAUAAGGUGUUGUUUUGGUAUGUUGUUGUUAAUUUUGCUGCAUUUCUUGUGUAAACCACACAUGCCUUAUGUAUUCAUGAUGGUUGGUUGGAUAAAGCACCUUGCAUU